CGCCGCACAAGAGAAAAAAGAAAAAAUGUUCUAAUUUUUUCCAGCUGGGAUUCCCGGAGGUUUUCGUGUCGGGAAAACUGCUAUGGAGCAUUCACAUGGCUGGGAUUCCUGGCCAAAAGCUGUCAUGGCAGUUUUCAGAAAAACUGGUCAUGUGUACGAGGCAUAACAGUCACCACAGCAUGUGACGGAACACGCCUGUGUAUGGAAACGUCAUUUCAUCUCAUAGACAUUCACAUACUUCCUUCAGAAAAAAGUUGCCAGACCAGUUCAGCCCAACCCUGUGCAGAAAAAUGUGAGACGUGUCCUCUGGUUUCCUUCCACUUUCAUUCUUCUGCUGUCAGCGAUGGCGUCUGCUGAUGUGAGACGGGAGCUGGUCUGUUCCAUCUGUCUGGAGAUCUAUAAAGAUCCCGUAAUGCUGAGCUGUGGACACAACUUCUGCCGGGUCUGUAUUGAUCGUUUGUUGGAUACACAGGAGGGGUCUGGAGGUUAUUCCUGUCCUCAGUGCAGGAAAAGGUCUAUGGGUCGUCCUACGCCGCAGAGGAACAUAACGUUGUGUAACAUAGUGGAGACUUUACGAUCUACUCAUCCCGAUCAGAAGACUGGAAUCUUCUGCACUUACUGCUAUCACUCUCCGGUACCGGCUGUUAAAUCCUGUGUGCUUUGUGAAGCUUCUCUGUGUGAUAAUCACCUGAGAGUCCACAGCAAGUCACCAGAACAUGUCCUGACUGAUCCCACAACUUCCAUGGAGAACAGAAAAUGCUCCAUUCAUAGAGAACUUCUCAAAUAUUACUGCACUGAGGACUCCUCCUGUAUCUGUGUGUCCUGCCGGCUGGAUGGAGACCACCAGGGACACCAGGUGGAGACUCUGGAUGAGGCCUCUGAGAAUAAAAAACAGAAACUGAGGAAUGUUCUGCAGAAACUGAUGACGGAGAGAGAGGAGACGGAGAAAAGAGUCCAGAGUCUGCAGGAACACAAGAGGAACGUCCUAGAAAAAUCAGCCGGUCUAACAAAGAGAGUCACUGCCCUGUUCAUAGAGCUCAGGAGACAUCUGGAGGACCUGGAGAAGAGAGUGCUGAGGAACAUCUCCAGCCAGGAAGAGCGCCUCUCAUUGUCUGAUCUGAUCCACCAGCUGGAGACAAAGAAGGAGGAUCUGUCCAGAAAGAUGGGGGACAUCGAGGAGCUGUGUAACAUGAAGGACCCACUGACUGUCCUACAGGUACCAGACACAGGGGACUUGUGUGAUACUGAGGAUGGAGAUAAGGAACCAGACACAGGGGACUUGUGUGAUACUGAGGAUGGAGCUAAGGAACCAGACACAGGGGACUUGUGUGAUACUGAGGAUGGAGCUAAGGAACCAGACACAGGGGACUUGUGUGAUACUGAGGAUGGAGCUAAGGAACCAGACACAGGGGACUUGUGUGAUACUGAGGAUGGAGAUAAGGAACUGGACACAGGGGACUUGUGUGAUACUGAGGAUGGAGCUAAGGAACCAGACACAGGGGACUUGUGUGAUGCUGAGGAUGGAGAUAAGAAACCAGACACAGGGGACUUGUGUGAUACUGAGGAUGGAGAUGAGGACAGGGUGGGACAUGAUGGAGGGGAUCUGGACGUGUCUGGAAUCUUGCAGACAUUACACACGUUAUCUGAUAUGAUAAAAGGGGGAAAUGUUUGCUUCUAUGCACAGGAAUCUUCAGACAUAUUAUUGGAUGUGAACACGGCUCAUAAUAAUCUACAGCUAUCAGAUGACAUGAAAACUGUAUCCUGGUCCGAUAUAAAGCAGAAUCGUCCAGAAACACCGGAGAGAUUCCAGUGGUGGUGCCAGAUAUUAAGCAGUCAGAGUUUUUCCUCGGGACGACAUUACUGGGAAGUGGAUGUCGGCGAGUCGGAACAUUACAGAGUCGGGAUGUGUUAUCCCAGUAUAGAGAGGAGAGUAGACCAGUCAGGGAUUGGAAAUAAUAAGAAGUCCUGGGGUUUGUGUAGGUAUAGCGGUGGGUAUUCUCUAAUACAUAAUAAUAAACAGGUAAGAAUAUCUCCCAAUCUCUCCAGUAACAGAGUCAGGAUAGAUCUGGAUUAUGAGGCCGGGCAGAUCUCCUUUUAUGAUCUGUGUGACCCGAUCCGACAUCUCCACACCUUCACCACCACCUUCACUGAGCCCCUCCAUGCUGGGCUAUGUGUAGAGAAUGGUCAUAUAAAGAUCCCUGGGGGGUCAGGAGACGUGCAAAACGAUCAUAUUACAGGAAAUCUGAGAUGAAUCUGGUGAGAAAUUAGAAUCUGGCUCAUAGGAU